AUGAAGGUCUCUGCUAUCGCUGCUGUUGCUGCUCUCGCAGCAGUCGCUGUUGCUGGCCCCGUUCGCCCAUCGGGUGAUAAGUACUUGAUCGAGCUUGGCCCAGGAAAGACGCAAUGGGUUACCAAGGAUCAGAAGCACAAGAUGAGGGCUGCUGGACAAACCUUCAUUGAUAUCACCAAUGAAAUUGGCACUAACUUCGUCGCGUCCAAGCCAGUGGCUGCCAACUACCCCAAACAGAUUGCCCACUCCUCCAUGGUUUCGUCCAUGAUCGCCAACCUCUCCAAGGAGAACCUCAUGCGUGACCUGCAGGCCAUGUCUGAGUUCAACAACCGCUACUAUGAAUCUCAGACCGGUGUUGAGUCUGCCAACUGGCUGAUGGAGCAAGUCAAGAAGGUCAUUGACGAGUCUGGUGCCCAGGGUGCUAAGGUGGAGAAGAUCGAGAACCAAUUCAACCAAUUCAACAUCAUUGCCACCGUCCCUGGAUCAUCUGAGUCCACUGUUAUUGUCGGAGCUCACCAGGAUAGUAUCAACCAGGAGGAUCCUAUGGGCGGCCGUGCCCCAGGCGCUGAUGACAACGGAAGUGGAUCCGUUGUUGUUCUUGAAGCUCUUCGAGGAGUUUUGGGCUCCAAGGCCUUCCGCGCCGCUAACAACACCAACACCCUCGAGUUCCACUGGUAUGCGGGUGAAGAAGGUGGCCUCUUGGGCUCCCAGACUGUCUUCAGCAAGUACAAGAGCGAUGGCCGUCAGGUCAAGGCUAUGCUUAACCAGGAUCUUGCUGGUUUCAAGGGCCAGGGCCAGGAGCAGUUUGGCCUCAUUACCGAUAACACCAACCAGGAGCUAAACCAAUUCUGCAAGAUGAUUGUUGAGAAAUAUGCCUCCAUCCCAAUCGUCGACACCGAGUGUGGAUAUGCCUGCUCUGACCACGCCUCUGCUGACCGCAACGGUUUCCCAGCAUCCAUGGUUGCCGAAACCGCUUUCGAAGACUCCAACCCACACAUUCACUCUGCUGACGACACCGUUGAAUACCUCGACUUCGACCACAUGCUCGAGCACGCCAAAGUUGCUCUUGGCUUCAUGACCGAGCUCGGCAUGGCUUCCAACUUGUAA